GGCAUCUAGUAUCUGCUCCGUCCAUCCUCCGCCGCUCCGGCUAGCCGGGUAGUCAUUUCCGCAUCGGAUAAGGACCCCACGCCGCCGCCGGUGCAGCAGCGGAUCCGCCGCGAGCCAGAACAAGAGCAUCAUCUCACACACAGGCGCCAACAAGAACAAACAAUUCGAUUCCUUCCCUUCCGAUUCCGACGACCACCCACAGGCCACAAGCACAGGGGGGCUCUGCUCCGCACUCUGCUCGUCUCCACCUUUUGGAUUUGGACCUGCAUCGCCGGCCGGCCGGCGACGUCACCGGCAAGUACCAAACUGCCCCCACCGCUCGCCUCUCUAUAAAUACGGGGCCGGCGGCUCCCGCCACAAGAUUCUGCCAAAAGGAUCCCCUCGGAAUCCCCCACCCGCCCAUUUCGCCAUCGCCAUCGGACUCUCUCCCUCCGUCUCUCUCUCCCUCUCGCCGCCGCCGCCGCAUCCUCCGCCCCUAAACCCUAGCACUUGCCUUGCUGCCGGACGUCGCUAUGACCGAGCCAUAGGCGGCACCUCGGCGCCGCGGGACACGAUGUUGGACGAUGACAUCGAGGAGAGCGAGGGCGAGAGCUCCUGGCCUUCCGCCGCCGCCGCCGACCGGGGAGGUUCCUCGGGCGGCGGCGGCGGGUACACUGACAUCCGGAAGGAGAUCUUCGACCGUCUCAUGGCCAAGGGAAUCGAGGAGGUCGUCUCAGACCCGUCUGCCUUCCGCGACCAGCUCCACCGGCACUUUGAGCGGCUGCCGGCGAGGUCAGCGUCUUGCCAUCUCUAUCUCUUAUGCUCUCUCUUCUCACCUGCAUGCUUCCCUGCUUGGUACGGUUGACUUCCAUUUCUCGGCAAUUAGCAGCUACUCCAUCGACUUGGACGUCGAGAAGCCGGAGGACGUGUUGCUGCACCGCAGGAUUCUCGACGAGUGCGCCAACAACCCUGACAAGCGCCCCAUCUUCCAUGCCCGCUUCUUGAGGUGCAUUGAGGGCCAGCAGGGACCCCUGGAUUCAGAAGAAAAGCCGCAGGGCCCAUCCACGAGUGAAAACGGUAAUAGUGGGGGCUCUCUCACCUCCACUUUGAGAGAUGCUGAAUUUAGGGGAUCUGAACCAUGUGAAAGGAUGCUGGAGGACCUGAGUUUGGAGAGAAGAAAUGUUGUGGAUGACUCUGAGGACUGUUCUGUGAGGAGAGACAAAGGGAUUCGCCGUAUUCAUGAAAUUAUUUUUUCUACUAAUGACAAGACAAAGCUCCUCGCAGAGUUAUCUACUUUGCUGUCUGCAGUUGGACUGAACAUUUGUGAAGCUCAUGUUUUCUCAACAACCGAUGGCUUUUGUCUGGAUAUAUUUGUGGUUGAUGGCUGGGAUACAGAGGAGACGGAUGGUUUGCUACAGAAACUCAAGGAGACAGCAGCACGUAGUCAUGCCUCAUUAUUGAACCCAACAAAUUCUGCAGCCAAAGAAAAAAUACGAGAGCUGCAAGAGAAGAUUGGUGAUUCGAAUGUUGACAGGAAUUUCCUGCAGAUUAGGGAGAAGGUUGCAUCCGGAUCUUCCGGAGACUUAUUCCGAGGAAAUUAUCAUGGUAUGGAUGUCGCAAUAAAGUUUCUUAGAGCCGAACAUGUUAAUGACUCUUCAAAAGUGGAGUUUUUACAAGAAAUAACGAUUCUAAAGAGUGUUAAUCAUGACAAUGUUGUUCGGUUCUAUGGGGCAUGCACUAAGCAGAGCAAGUAUGUCAUUGUAACAGAGUAUAUGCCUGGAGGUAAUUUAUACGACUUUCUUCACAAGCAAAAAAACAAUUUGGAUCUCACAAUGGUUCUUAGGAUUGCUAUCGGCAUCUCAAAGGGGAUGGAUUAUUUGCACCAAAAUAACAUCGUCCAUAGAGACUUGAAGACUGCCAAUUUGCUGUUGGGCUCUGAUCAUGUUGUGAAGAUUGCAGACUUUGGAGUCUCAAGGAAUCCAUCUCAAGAUGGAGAUAUGACUGCUGAAACUGGUACCUAUAGAUGGAUGGCGCCUGAGGUAAUAAACCAUAAGCCCUAUGAUCACAGGGCAGAUGUCUUCAGCUUUGCUAUUGUUCUGUGGGAGUUGGUCACUUCAAAGAUCCCAUACGAAAAUCUGACACCCUUGCAAGCUGCACUUGGAGUGAGGCAGGGGAUGCGGUUGGAGAUCCCCCCAUCGGUGCAUCCGCAACUGUCUGAAAUGAUUCAGCGGUGCUGGGAUGAAAAUCCCAACAUGCGUCCCUCCUUCGCUGAGAUCACCGCAGAACUGGAAGACAUGUUACAGCAUCUGCAGGCCUCCAAGGGAACCAACCGUCAUUCCAAAGCAAAGGUGCACAAGAAAGUACAGAGAGAGAUAGAAUAACGAGGUUCUCAGUAACGUUGUCAAGAAUAGCUUGCUUAGAGGAGUUUUAAGUAUCAUCGCCCAUAUUAUAUAUGUGGCUACUACGCUACGGUUAGUUGCUACGAAGAUGCUGCGAGUAUAGAAUGCUUUUACAAAACUUGGAGCGAUUUAUGGUUCUACAUAUGUGGGGUGCUUGCUUGCCUAUAUAAUCUCUUUUCCUCGAUUUGUAUGGGCUUCUGUUGCUCCCAAAAUACAGCAUGAAAGGACAGAAAAGACAUACUCAUGUAUAUAUAAGAUGGCUUGGAAGCAGCAUAGAAGUGGUCGCUGUAGUGUUUUGUCUA